UCACGGCGCAGAUUUCCCACAGCGAUGGCCGAGGAGGAGGAGGUGGUGGAGGCGCGGUCUGGCUGGCUGUCGGGGUGGCUGCCCUCGUGGAGCCCAACCUCCAACGGGCUGCUCAAGGUGGCCGAGGAAAAGGUCCUCCAAUGCUUAAAGAGCAAGUGGGUGGGCCGCUACGUGGACGUGCUGGACGAGGACCGCCUCUGGAGCAUCACGGUGACCAAUCCAGAGCUGGAGCAAAGCGGCAUGGCCGACACCAGCACCCCGCUCGUGCUGGUGCACGGCUUUGGCGGCGGCGUCGGCCUCUGGGCCCUCAACUUGGACUCGAUGGCCCGGCGUCGCCGCGUGCACGCAUUUGACCUCCUGGGCUUUGGUCGCAGCUCGCGCCCGACGUUUCCCAUGGACGCAGCGGGCGCCGAGACGCUGUUCAUCGACGCAAUGGAGCGCUGGCGAGAGGAGAUGGGGCUUCGGAGCUAGCUGCUCGGUCACAGCCUGGGCGCGUACCUGUCGGCGGCGUACGCCCUGCAACACCCGCAGCGGGUGAAGCAGCUGAUCCUGGUGGACCCGUGGGGCUUCCCCGAGCGGCCCCUUAACCCGGACCAGGAGCGGCCCGUGCCCAUGUGGGUCAAGGCCAUCGGCUUUGUGCUGAGCCCCUUCAACCCGCUGGCCGGCCUACGCGCCGCCGGGCCAUGGGGGCCCGGCAUGGUGCAGCGCUUCCGGCCGGACUUCAAGCGCAAGUUUUCCAACCUCUUUGACGACGACACUAUCUGCGAGUACAUCUAUCACUGCAACGCGCAGACGCCCAGUGGUGAGACUGCCUUCAAGGCCAUGACGAUCCCGUACGGCUGGGCCAAGCGGCCCAUGCUGCACCGCAUCGGCGACCUGGACCCGGCCAUCCCCAUCGCCAUCAUCUACGGCGCCCGCUCGUGGAUCGACAGCAGCUCGGGCGGCAAGGUGGUGGAGGCGCGGCCCGGCUCACGCACGCGCCUCGUGCAAAUACGCGGAGCUGGGCACCACGUGUACGCGGACCAGCCGGAGGACUUCAACAAGAUGGUGGAGCAGAUUUGCGACAGCAUCGACUAAAUGCGGCGCAAGUCCAGGGGGUGGGGGUGGCCCAGGGCAAUCGAGGCCAACAACACCGGGACAAUACAAAUGCUGAAGUAAAGGGGG